CGGGCGCAGCCUUGCCGAGUCCCCGGAAGCGGAGACGGGAGAGGCCGGGCUGAGCCGGCUCGAGGUAGCGGGACUCUCGACGCUGGGUUGCUGCUCCUGGGCCGGUCAUGAACGGGCCGGCGGAUGGCGAAGUGGACUACAAAAAGAAAUACCGGAAUCUGAAGCGGAAGCUCAAGUUUCUCAUCUACGAACACGAGUGUUUCCAGGAGGAGCUGAGGAAGGCGCAGAGGAAAUUGCUGAAGGUGUCCCGGGACAAGAGUUUCCUCCUAGACCGGCUUCUGCAGUAUGAGAACGUGGAUGAAGACUCUUCUGACUCAGAUGCCACAGCAUCUUCAGAUAACAGCGAGACAGAGGGGACGCCCAAGUUGUCGGACACUCCGGCCCCCAAGAGGAAGAGAAGCCCUCCGCUAGGGGGUGCCCCCUCCCCCUCCAGCCUCUCCUUGCCUCCUUCAACAGGGUUUCCCCUUCAGGCCUCCGGGACCCCCUCCCCAUAUCUGAGCUCGCUGGCUUCCCCCCCUUACCCCCCAUUCCCUUCUGACUACCUGGCCCUGCAGCUGCCCGAGCCCAGCCCCCUGAGGCCCAAGCGGGAGAAACGGCCCCGCCUGCCCCGGAAACUCAAGAUGGCGGUAGGACCCCCCGACUGCCCUGUGGGAGGGCCACUGACCUUCCCUGGCCGGGGUUCUGGGGCUGGGGUCGGGGCAGCUCUGACCCCCCUGCCACCUCCCAAGAUGCCCCCCCACACGAUCCUGAGCACCGUCCCUCGGCAGAUGUUCAGCGAUGCAGGCAGCGGGGAUGAUGCCCUGGACGGGGAUGAUGACCUGGUGAUCGAUAUCCCGGAGUGAAAGCCCACUGCUGUCUGCGACCCUGCCCAGCGCCCCUCCCCAUGCCACACACGUGAGCCCCAGCUUCCUCAGAGAUGUUUAUUGACACCCAGUUACCAUGCUUCGGCCACUGACACAAUCAGAAAAGGCGUAAACAUGCACAAAUGUCCCCAGGAAGGUGGCAGGGGCCGGCCCUCACAUCCUGGCCCCAUUCAGGGGACAGUUAUUUAAAUGAGUGGCCAGGAGUAUCUGCCACCUCUUGGGGAGGCAGAGACCCUGCGGUGGCCACCCCUUUAAAAGGGCAGCUGUAUAGGGCUAGGAUUUCUUUUAAUGAAGAUUCUGUGUUAAAGGAGUGGCUCCUUUUUUUGUCCUUUUCUUUUUUGGAAACAUUCUCCUCCUCUGAACCUCCCCUAAUCCGACCUCCUCCCUGUGUGGGAGGGGACGGGCAGCCUGGAGAGGCAGGAGAGAGGAGCAGCGCUGGGGUGGCUCUGGCAGCACUCCCCUGGGUGUGCAGAGGACCGGCAUUUGCAUAUUUGUGUGGAGUAGCAAGUCAGGCAGGAGGAAGUUUGCAUAUGUGAAUAUAGAUCUCCAUGGAUGGUCCCUCACAAGAAGACAGACCCACAGGCACGAAGACUCUCACAAAAAUAAGACAGGUAGUGCGGGGUGGGGGCCUCCCACCCCGUGUAAACGUGCAACACAGUCGUGCGAAUGUUAGGUACUGGACCCAGCCCGAGGGGCCUGGCUGGGUGGCUGCUGCCGGCUCAGGCCAAGGGGAGAGCCCCGGCUGCUGGGGGCAGCUCGCUAGUCAGGGUGUGCCAGCGCUCCAGGGUUGUAUCCGGCUGCUGCAGACAGUCACUCCAGUGCUUCCGGGCCUCUCCACGGGCUCUAGACCCCAGGGACACACCACCUGGGGAGCAGGCAGAAGCAGGCAAAAUCAGGGCCUCUUCCUGCUGGGUCUGCCCUCCCUUAGUGCCACCCCACUGGGCUCUCCCCUCACCGAUGAAGUCGUUGGAUUUGCCAAUGUCAUAGUCCCAGACUGUAACUUCUAGAGUCUUGGUAGCCAGGGUGGAGAGCUCCAUCUCAUAGAAGAACUCCUGGAGACAAGGCAGGGGGUGCCUUCUGUGAGAUCGUCUCCAUCCCUGACUCCUCCCCCUCCACCAGCCCACCUCAAUUUCUGGUCCCUGCCCCGUUUACCUCAUUAAAUUCUGGGUUUAGAGUCUUCUUCUUCACA